CGCGUAAAUUGUCAUUGUCAUUUUCCAAUUAUUUACCGAUAAAUCUUUUUUUAUUUUAUUUGAUAUAAAGUUUAGAAGGUUCUAACAACGGAUUUUCCAUAGUAAAUCCUCGUCAUGGCGUCGAGCGAAGUGACGAAACUACAGCAGCACUUGGCGCUGUUGAAGGAGGAAUAUGGAAAAUUGCAAAGCCACUGCGCGGAAGUGGAAAGGAAGUAUACAUUGGCGGCGGCAUCUGCCGGCGACCUGAGCGAGACUAGCUUUGUGGCCAGGCUGCUGAUGACUGUGGCCACCUUGUACGGGCGGGAGACCUAUUCUGACAUCAAGGUGAAGCUACAGAGCAAGUCCAUGCCCGGCCACAAGUUUGUGCUGAAUGCCCGCUCUGAUGACUGGAAUGAAGAAGCUUUGAAGAACCUUGAUGAAUUAGACUGGUCCACACUUCCUGAUGAAGUUGGUGCAGCUCUCCUCAAAUGGCUGUACACAGAUGUGGUGGACUUGACACGAGGGGAUGCAUUCGCGUUGCAGCUCAUGAAGUCUGCAGCCAGCUUCAAACUGCAUGGGCUGGUCAACAAGUGUGAACAGGCACUUAUUGCAUCUGUUGGUGUUAGGUCCUGUGUGAAGUUCUAUUCAGCAGCAGACGAGAUUGGCGCGUCAGCAUUGAAGGAACACUGCUCAGGGUUGAUAUCGGCUCACUGGGAUGAUCUCACUGGCGAGGACUUCGCGCACAUGUCGUCGGCUCUUCUGUACCGUAUGCUGAAGAGCAAAACGGCGCAGCCGCUGCACGGCGCCGUGCGGCUGCUGCGCGAGGACGUUGUCUUCCUCUGUCUCGUCGAGAACCACGCCAACCUAACAGAUAUAGUAAACGCGAUGUCGACGCGCGGUGAGCUGCCGCUGGAGCUGGCUCUCCGCGGCCGCAGCGCGUCCAUCGCGACCACGCUCCUGCAGCACUGCGCAGACGCGGACGCGCGCGGCCCGCGCGGGCGCACAUUGCUGCAUAGAGCGGUCGACGCUAGGGAUGCCUUUUCCGCUAAGUUCCUAGUCGACAAUGGUGCUGAUCCUAACCUUACCACAAAAGAGGAAGGCGACACGGCACUGCAUCUGAUUGCGUCACUAACGACGAGCUCGUGUGACGAGGAGACCAUGGAACAGAUGGCUGAGAUCGCAGAGGUCAUGGUACAGAAGGGGGCUGAUAUCAACAGACAGAAUAGAAAGGGCUUCACACCUCUCCACCAAGCAGUCAUAGCUAGAAACCAAAGGAUAUUCGACCUGCUUCUCAAACAGACCAAUUUGGAUACGAACUUGCGUACUUUGACAGACGAGCAUCCACCGUUGUACUACGCGUUGGUAGACGAUAGACGAGCGUCUAUAUCUUCAAGCGAGACUUUAGUAAUGAAUGGAUCCAAUCCGUUUGAUACUCCGGUGACGAACAAGAACGCCUUUACUGAAGACCCCGUGGAAGGCAAGACGGAGAAUAUCGUCGAGAGAGGGUUCGCUGCUAAGUUGUUGGAGAAAGGAUGCCAGCCGAACCCCCUUUAUUCCGGGUCGGGAGAUAGCCUGCUGCAUAUACUAGCGCAAGGGUGGUUUGAGGACUCGGCAGUGUUCCUAGUGUCUCACCUGGGCGGGGAGCUAAACCACAGUAAUGAAGCGGGCCUGUCUGCGCUGCACGCGGCCGCCGCCAACGGGUUGGCUCGCCUCGCCGCCGCGCUGCUCGAGCACGGCGCCCGGCCUAACCUGCAGAGCUCGUACGGGGAACACGACGACACUGUCUACAGACAAAUCCCACUGCACCUGGCAGUACUGAACAACCACGAGGCGGUGGUGCUAGCGGUGAUAGAACACAAGAAGCAGGUGGAGAGGGGCGACCUGCCGGCCGCGGACCGCGCAGGCGCGCCGCUGCUGCCCAACCUCAACCUCAAGAACUCCGAGGGAGACACACCGGCUAGCCUCGCCUUGACUGAAGGUCACAAGAACUUGAUAGCGCCGUUGAUCGAGGGCGGGGCGGACCCCAAUGUGCGCAACGGCAAGGGAUUCACGCUACUCCACCAGGCCAUAGUGGAGGAGGACUCCCGAACUGCCAUCUACUUGCUGGACCACGGCGCUGAUAUGGACGCUCUAACUGAAGCCGGCGAGACGCCCCUGCAGCUAGCUAUCCACUGCCGGCUGGGCCUGGUAGUAGAGGCGCUGUGUGUUCGUGGCGUGGACAUGAGCAGGCUGGACGCCAACGGAGUGCCGCCGCUGUGGGCCGCGCUCGACUCCGGCCAGGAGGAGGUGGCCAGUAUUCUAGUCCGAAACGGCGCGGACGCCGACUGCUGGGGACCCGGGCCAGAUGGCUGCUUACAAACUCUGUUGCACAAGGCUGUAGACGAGAACAAAGAGAACCUGGCGACGUUCCUGAUCCGGUCGGGCUGCGACGUGGAGUCGUCGCGGCGCGCGGGCCCGGCGGGCGAGGGCGCCGACAUCGCUAACGAGAAGCACACGCCGCUGCACCUCUGUUGUACGUGGGGGCUCACUGACGUCAUACAGACUCUUCUAGAACACGGCGCGAAUAUAAACUCGAAGGACUCAGAAGGCAAGACACCGUUGCACAUCGCGAUAGAGAAUCAGCACGCGGGUAUCAUCUCUCUCCUUCUCUCGCAGCCGGGCAUAGACUUGUCUGCAAGAGACAACAGAGGAGUCUCGCCCUUUGCCGCGGCCUUGACGGCUCGGAACAAUAAAGCGGCGCAGGCUAUAUUGGAGAAGAAUCCCUCUGCUGCUGAACAGGUGGACAAAAAAGGCCGCAACUUCUUGCACGUGGCGAUCCAGAAGUGCGACAUGGAGAGCGUGAUGUUCUUACUGUCGGUGGAGGUGGACGUGAACUCGCGCGUGCAGGACGCGUCGCUAACGCCGCCGCUGCACCUAGCGGCCGCCGCCGGCAACGAGGUGCUGCUGCGCUCGCUGCUGCUGGCAGGUGCGCGGCCCAACGACCGCGACGCCGUCAAGCGAACAGCCCUCCAUGUCGCGGCGCAAGCGGGCCACGCGAACAUAAUAUCGGCCCUUGUAAGCGGCGGCGCGCUGUGCGAGGCCGUAGACGCUGGUGGGGAUAACGCUCUCCACGUGGCGGCGAGGGAGGGGCACGUGGCUGCCGCGCGGGCGCUGCUGGCGGACACUGACAUCGACGCCGUCGCUGCUAACUUGAAAGGUCGAAAUCCAUUGCAUGAACUGUGCUGGUGUAAAAAAGACAACGCAGCAGUGAUCUGUGAAACGUUCCUGGAAUUCAUGCCCGAUUAUCCCAUCAACAAAACUGAUUUGCAGGGCAACACACCUCUUUUGCUAGCGUAUAUGAACGGACAGGGUGCUAUGUGCCGCGUACUGGUCCGCGCGGGAGCAUGCCUCGCGCAAGAGAACAAGGACGGCGUCUCCAUAUUCAACUACCAGGUGGCAACUAAGCAGUUGCUGCACCGGUUGCUAGACGCUUUACCUGCGGAAGCACCCUGGGCGGAGAGCGACCUCUGUCAAGAAUGUGGCACGAAGUUCACGCUUACUAUGAGGAAGCAUCACUGCCGUCACUGCGGUCGCAUGCUGUGCAACAAGUGUUCGAGCCAAGACGUGCCGAUCCUCAAGUUCAACCUGAACAAGCCGCAGCGAGUCUGCGAGAUCUGCUUCAACGUGCUGCAGGUGGGCGCGAGUUAGCUACGCGUGACGUCACCGCAGGACGGGCUAGCUAGUGGGGCCAUCUAGUCCUCGGAGCCGCUGUAUGUCGAGGGCGAUCGAUAACAUGACUUAUUAUCUAACUUCAGGAGUAGCUGCGAGUUAUCUUAUUGAUGACUUGUGCUAUAGGAAUACGGCGUGAUUAUCUGUUUAUAGACGGAACCAGUUGAAGCGGCCGACGAGCAGGAAACCGUGUUAUUCACUUAUUUAUACGAUCCAAUAAUGGCGCGUCCGUCCGCUUCGAACGACUGGCUUGUUUGAAAGGAUUAUUCGUAUAAAAUCGUUUUUUACUUGAUAUAUUUAAACUUCGAAAGCACUGGAGUUUAAAAAACUUAUGCCUUUGCAGAAACAAAUUGUAUCAUAAUAUAAUAGUUGGAAUGCGAUAAGGAGAUGAGUGGUCUGUAGUUUUUGGGUAUAAGGAUAUGCCGGCCGAUUUUCAAUAGACGCUAGUACUUUUAUUAUUACAAAUGUUUUAGAAUUCACCAGCUUUUUCCACAUUCAUGUAUGAAUAGAAUUCUGUGUGUAUAUUUUCUGUUCUGAGAUGUAGAACAUUUUGUUCCUCACAUUUUAAAUCGAAACUGCAAAUACUUGUGUAUGUAGCUGUACUUGUAGUGUUUAGGCUAGUGAUUCUAUAACACUCUAGGUGUAGAAGUAUUGUAAGCCAUGGCUGCGUCCAGUUAACUAUACAUGGCUCCAAAUGUUAUAGUGCCUCGAAAUAUGAGUUGGCGAAAUUAUUCGAUUUAGUAAGUGUAUGAAAUUACUAUGCCAAAGUCUGAUUGUGCUUGUAUUCCCUUUGAAACUAGCUUUAAGAAUACGAACUUAUGUGAAGUUAACAUAUUGUUAAAAAUGUUGUUACAUUUUAUAACUUCGUUUAAUGGCUUUAUUUUGUGAUGAUUACACACUUCACCUGCUUACUUACAUUGUCAAUUUUAAAUGUGAAUUUUAGUUUAAGAUUUUUAAGAACAUACAAAAUAAUGUGUUCGAAAUCCAGAGAUAAUAAAUAUACUUUAUAAUGUUGAGAAACAUUCCAAAAUAUCUGUAAAAACUAUGACUAUUUCAAUUUAUAAUGUAGACUAGUGCCAUUUUAUGUAAUUUCUUGAGCUUACUUACUUUUUUUGAAGGAUUAUUUUUUAUGAUCAUUAUAUUCAAAAUGUUAUAUUUUCGUUUAAAUUUUAUAAUAAAGAUUGUAUAUGCCUUAAA